UCGCCGACUUACAUGACAUCUCAUCUCAUUCUCAAGCAACCAAUUCCAACAACAGUUGAUAUACCCAGCUUCAUCAUCUAUCUGAUUUCAAUUUAGUAUCUGUAUCACGAUAUUUCAUUCUCCAAGCAACAAAGAGCCAUCAUUAAUAUCAACAUAGCGUCAUCAUCAAUCACAUCCCAUCUCAUCCAAAUGGCCACCCUCAACAUCCCCGAGCCCUUGGCCAGCAUCCCCUUCGAACCUCUCCUCUUCGGCCCUUCCCCCAUCCAACACCUCCCCCGUAUAUCCGCUGCUCUCGGCGGCAAAGUCACCGUCUACGCCAAACGCGAUGACUGCAACUCGGGCUUUGCCUACGGAGGCAACAAAGUCCGCAAACUAGAAUACCUCGCCGCCGAAGCCCUCUCCCAAGGCUGCGACACCCUCGUCUCCAUCGGCGGCGUCCAGUCAAACCACACCCGCGCCGUCACCGCCGUCGCCGCCAAGCUGGGCCUCAAGGCCGCCACCGUCCAGGAGCACUGGGUCGACUGGGACGAUGCCGGCUACGAAAAGGUCGGCAACAUCCAGCUCUCACGCCUCAUGGGCGGCGACGUGCGCCUGGACCCGUCGCUCUUCGGCAUCGAACACAAGCCCACGCUGGCGAACCUCAAGGCCGAGCUGGAGGGCAGCGGGAGGAAGCCGUAUUACAUCCCUGCGGGCGCGUCGGACCAUCCGCUGGGAGGAUUGGGAUUUGCGAGGUGGGCGCUGGAGGUGGAGGCGCAGGAGAAGGACAUGGGCGUGUUUUUCGACACGGUCAUUGUUUGUGCUGUGACGGGGUCGACGAUGGCAGGGAUGAUUGCCGGUUUCAAGCUGGCGCAGUUGAAGCUGGGAUCGCCGAAGCGUAAGAUCAUUGGCGUUGAUGCCUCGGGGAAGCCCAGGGAGACGUUUGAGCAGGUCCUGCGUAUUGCUAAAUUCACUGCUGCCAAGAUUGGUCUCUCAGAGGCGGACAUCACCGAGGCUGAUGUUGUUCUGGAUGAGAGAUUCAAUGCCAAGAUAUACGGCAUUCCGGACGAGACGACGAUUGAGGCCAUGAAGUUUGGCGCACGCACAGAAGCCUUCAUCACUGAUCCGGUAUAUGAGGGAAAGAGUCUGGCAGGAAUGAUGGGACUGAUUAGAAACGGCGAGAUUGCUGGUGGGAAUGUAUUGUAUGCCCAUUUGGGAGGACAGUUGGCGUUGAACGCGUAUUCCUCUCUUUUAGACUGAUUGGUUAAUUGAUAUCUGGUGCCAUGCUUUAAACCUCUG